AUGUCAAUUAAUAUAAAGAAUAAUUCUGAGGAGUUGAAAGUUGAGAAUGGAUUAUUUAUUCAUUCUUCAUGCCCUUCAUCGAAUAGUGGAAAUGGUCAAGAUUUAUUAUUAAAUGUUGGAAGUUUACAAAAGCCAGAUUUAGAAUAUCUUGGCCAAUUAAUUAAAGACAAAAAGCAGCUCUCAGCAUUUCCAAAUGUUUUUUCUCACGUCGAAAAACUUUUGGACGAAGAAAUUAAUCGUGUUAGAAUUGCAAUAUUUCAAUGUGAAUUUAGUCACGAGCCUUUACAAUUACCUGAAGCUAUAGGAGAAAUAAGUACUCAUCAAGAGAAAUUAUAUGUUCCAAUAAAGCAAUAUCCAGAUUAUAAUUUUGUUGGACGUAUUCUUGGACCUAGAGGAAUGACAGCAAAACAAUUAGAAACAGAGACUGGAUGUAAAAUAAUGGUUAGAGGAAAGGGUUCAAUGAGAGAUAAAAAGAAGGAAGAUUUAAAUAAAGGAAAACCAAAUUGGGAACAUUUAAAUGAAGAUUUACAUGUUAUAAUACAAUGUGAAGAUACAGAAAAUAGAGCAAAAAUUAAAAUGUCUAGAGCAAUUGAAGAAGUAAAUAAAUUAUUAAUUCCACAACCUGAAGGUGAAGAUGAUCUUAAAAGAAAACAAUUAAUGGAAUUAGCUAUAAUAAAUGGAACAUUUAGAAAUGGGGGAAUAAUGCCUACAACACCUACAGCAACAAAUAAAAAUAAUAAUUCUUUAAUUCCUUUAGAUCAACGUUUAUUAAUUAAUUCAUUAAAUAAUUCUUCAAAUUCUUUGGGAUUAGCUGGUGUUCCUUUAAUGAUUGCAGCACCUUCCCCUUCACAAUUAAUUAAAGGAUUACCUCCUCCCCCACCUCAACAACAACCAAAUACAAACAAUAAUUUAUUAAAUAAUCAAUUAGCAAAUGCUUCAAUUGCUCAAACAUUAUUACAACUUGGAGGAAUUUCAAAUAAUAUUUUAAAUACUCCAGGUCCAUAUGGAUUAGCUUUACCACAACAAAAUAAUGGAAAUUCUUCUUCUUUAGAUUUUUUUGGAACAAAUCAAUAUCAACAACAACAAGACCAACAACUUUCAUUAUUACUUCAACAUCAACAAAUGGCUUUACUUCAACAACAACAAAAUAAUGGAGGAAUUUCUUUUGGAGAAUAUACAAAUAAUUUUGGGGGAACAGAUUCUGCCGGCGCAGUACUUUCUGGACAACGACGUUUUGUUGGACAUAGUCGUGAUGCUGCAUUUCCGUAUGGGAAAUGA